AUGUCAAAAUACGAUGCGCUCUUUGCAAAAAAGAUUAUAUAUUUGACUUUUCCUUAGGGUUUUGUUUUCUCUAAAAACCUUAAAUAGAAAUUUGUUUAAGUUCUUUUAUUAAUAUACGUAGUAAGGAACUGUGUAUUCUAUCAAAAAAUGAUGACUUUUCAGUAGCACUUCAAAUUUCCAAUUUUGAGAACUUAAUUACUAAUUGUUAAUAAUAGAUAGAAAUUAGAUGUGUUAGUUGUUCAAGCAAUUACAUUAUAGAAAAUAAUAAUUGCUAUUAAAAUGAUGAAUUUGAUAUUAACACCUAGUUUAUUGAAAAUUAGGUAAACUAAAUUUAAAGUUUUUUUUUUACUUUAAUUUGUACCCUAACUUUAAUCAAGCAUGUAUAAUUAAUUUUUGGAUCCAUAACCAAUUUUGUAUGAUCCAUGUAAUCCUCAAUGCGGAUAGUGUAUUACUCAAGACUACUUUUCAAAUUGCUUUGAAUGUCCUUUAAACUAUUUUAAAAACCAAUUGUCAGAGAAUUAAGUGCAAAGUGUUCAUUCUGUCCUCCAUUAUGUUAAGCAUGUAUUGAUCGUACAGAUUUGGAAAUACAAGUCUGAAAAUAAAAAUUUUAAAUAGAAUAUAUCUCCAAAUUUCCAAGUCAAUAAUUAUAACUAAAUCUAUUGUAAAAAAUGUAACUAUCCUCAUAAGGACUCUGUUAUUAUGUAUAAUCCUUAUUCACAUUUAAUUAAGUACUGUCUUAAUAGUGGUUGA